GUUAUCCAAUCUUUCGGUCUUCUGGGUUAUUUUGUUUUGCUUGUUUCUUGUUCUUGCAGAGUUUGGACCAAUUUAGUAUGCUUUUUGACUUUUCCAGAGUUCACAUGUAAAUCUUCAGGCAUAUGCUCUGCAAGUCCUUUUCUUGUUCUAGAAAAAUGUUGAUUGAAUGACUCUUUGAUUAGUCUUGAGGGGCCAUUAUUUAAUAAAAGGACUUGUAUUCUUGUAUCCUGCGGGCAGGGUAUCUUAAUAAAACAGGCUGUAGCCUUUAUUGAAUAUUAUUCAUGUGCGUGUUUUUUGGAUGGAAAGGAUCAUGUAUUUAAGACCUUUAGUUGUGAAUCGCUAUCUUGCUGACUGCAGCUAAUUUACUACUGUGGAUUGCAAUUAGAAUGUGUUGUGUUUGUUACUGAACUUUAUUUCAUAGAACCUUAUAUAUUGUAGUUUAUUAUUGUUCUAUAAUAGUGGUUGUAUCUUCGCUUCAUGGAUACUGCUUACUCUGAGAUAAAUAGAACUGGGAGAUUCAGGUGUUUGUUGGCCAACUAUAAAAAUAUUGGGCUGUCUGAGUACAAAAAAGUUGGAAAACCAGACCUCUGGCCCCCAAUAAAGAUGAGGGCAAGAUCACAAAGUACUAACAUGGCAGGAUAGGGAAAAUAUCCGAAGGCUUCAGUGUUUGGAUUGGCAGAAAUGAAUCUCCAAGUGAAAGUUGCCCUUGCUUGUGUCAUUGGCGUUGCCUGGAUUCAGCAAAGCCUUUGUGAUGAGCUUUCUGGCAUAUCUGGUGUAAGCAAUUGGACAUGCACAUGUUCUUCCUCAAAUCAAGGAAACCAGAGUAAUAUUCUGAAAUCAAGCUGUUCUACAUCCUGUGACUGCAAUCCAGCAUUUGGAGGAUUACGUGGAGAUAAGUGGAUAUGUGUAUGUGCUGCUGAUGGAUUCCCUAAAGUUGCAAUCAACAGCCAUGAUACUACCUGUUUUACCAGCUGUAACUGCACUUCUGGUUCUGUCAGUGUGAAUGAGGCAAAAGCCUCUGGGAAGCGCAUUUCCAGUAAAGUAGUUGCGAUCAUUCUAUUAUCAUGUGUCAUACUCACAACACUUCUGUUUCUUACUUUGGCUAUGUGCUACAUUUAUUGGAAGGACAGGGGCCAUAUCCAAAUGCCAAAAAUUUCAUCGGAUAAAAAAACAAGUUGCAAUAGUGCUAUCAACUUAAUAAGUCACAGGAGUUCUUCAUUUACAGAUAUUAGAGUUGAUAUGGGCUCUUCAGUUAAUCUUGUCACAGGGUGCUUUCAGAAUACUUAUUUUUGUAGGAACAAACCAUGGACUAUUCAUGGAACUAUUAUCCGAUUCACAUACUCUGAAUUGCUAUAUGCAACGGAUAAGUUUUCCUAUUCCAACCUUUUAGGACAUGGUGGAAGCAGCUAUGUAUAUCGUGGUCAACUCGAAGAUGGUAGAAUUGUAGCAGUUAAGAGAUUCAAAACUCAGGGAGGGCCUGAUGCAGAUUCUAUCUUCUCAACGGAGGUAGACUUGUUAUCAAGACUUCAUCAUUGUCAUGUGGUGCCAUUGCUAGGCUACUGUUCAGAGUUUCAAGGGAAACGUGCUGAGAGGCUGCUAGUUUUUGAGUACCAGCCUAAUGGUAAUCUGAGGGAUUGCUUGGAUGGUGUGUUGGGGGAGAGCAUGAACUGGGAUACUCGUGUUGCAAUUGCAAUUGGUGCUGCCAGGGGCUUGGAGUAUCUGCAUGAAGCAGCUGCUCCUAGAAUUUUACACAGAGACAUCAAGUCCACAAAUAUUCUUCUAGAUGAGAAUUGGAGAGCGAAGAUAACUGAUCUUGGUAUGGCUAAACAAUUGAGGGCUGAUGGCCUUCCCAGCUGUUCCAGUUCUCCAGCAAGAAUGCAGGGGACUUUUGGCUAUAUCGCACCAGAGUAUGCAAUUGUUGGAAGGGUGUCUCUUAUGUCAGAUGUCUUCAGUUUUGGGGUAGUCUUACUUGAGCUAAUCACUGGCCGGCAACCAAUCCAUAAAUCAACUAAUAAAGGCGAAGAAAGCCUUGUCCUUUGGGCAACCUCUCGAUUACAUGAUAGUAACCGAGUGAUAUCAGAAUUGCCUGACCCACGUUUAAAACGAAGUUUCCUAGAAGAAGAAAUGCAGAUAAUGGCUUACCUAGCAAAGGAGUGCCUGCUGCUGGACCCUAAUGCACGACCAACCAUGAGUGAGGUUGUGCAAAUCCUUGCAACCAUAGCACCAGAUAAGUCUAGAAGAUUAAACAUCCCAGUGAACUUCAUUCAGAUGCCUUCAACCAGUGCGACAGGCAUACAAAGACCUGACAAUCUAAUAGAGGCAUCCAUUGAUGCACAAGAGGUGAGGCGAGUGGCAUCUAUUAGCUCACCUAGUUGUUCACAACCAUUGGAUGAUGACCAUAAACUCUGCACUGGAAGCAGCAGUGUAGAAGCGGAAACUGUCUCGGCUGAGUAUAUGGAAAGGCUAAUCCUUCUAACGCAUAAAGCAAGGAGUGGGCAUUCUCCAGAUGAUGAACUAGUGGACUUAACCGAGCCUCGGUUUGAGUCAUUCUGCAUGGCAAAUGUUAAGUGUUGCUGACAAAAUUACCUUCAAGGGAAAAUAAUUCUGGAAAAAGUGACAAGAAGAAACUCAUCCAGAUUAUGAACGAUUGGUUACAGGUUUUAUUUUGGUUUCUUUGUGCUGCUCUAGGCUGGAAGAGAUCAUAUAAUAGUGGAAGCAAUGAAGUCUUUCUGUGGACUUGCUUCAUUUUAAUUCUUCUCAGUUUCAUUGGAUAAUUUUUCUGACCCACAUCCACAGGUUUUCACCACAUGUUUUCAAGUCGUUAUAUUCAUGUACAGAAAAUCAUAGGAAAUUUAAAUUUUAAAAUGUUCAUAGAAGAUAUUCUACUUGAAAAAAAAUUAAAAAAUAUCAGUUAGUCCUUGUAAUAUUUGCAUUAUAUGUAAUUAUAAUUUUCAGUUUUACUGACUGACUUCUUUGUGAGGAUAGAACAUGGAUGAUCCAAAAUUUCUAGUUACUUACCAGUAGAAGUAGCUAUGUAUUCACUUAAUGCAAUUGACUUUGUUGGUGUGUUAGCUGGUUCUGCAUUUCACAGUCUUGAGAUCUCCCUUUGAAUGGUAGAUGCCAGAAAUGGAGGUCUGACUUGAAGACAGGUUGUUGCACUUCUCAACAAAUAAAAACUUGAACGGACCCUGUCUAACCUUCUUCCAAGCAAAUUAAAACUUGUUAAUGGAUCCGCCACCACCAAGCACACCGCUCCUGCCACCUCCACCUCCUCCUGCGGCCGGAGGAUGUCUGGAAUCAUGCUUGUGGCUCCUGUGCUGCUGUGGGUUGUUCGGAAGCUGCUGCCCUCCACUCUUUGAGCCGGGUCCUCCCCCUCCCUAGACCUACAUCUCUAGUGUGGAAGCAUUUUGCUUUCUUGUAUUUGUGUAAGUGAGCAGGAUUUACAAAAGGAAAAUCGAUUUCUUUAAAAUCGCUUGUACUUUGGAGCUUGGAAUUUCUAUUCUUGUAUCAGUUUUAUGAUUUUUCUUAUUUCCACUGGGAUGCUGAGAGUUAGUUGAAUGGUGAUGCAAUUUUACCAGUUCUUUAACAACCUCCAAAUAGAUAUAGUUUCAGAAUUAUGAGUUUCAAUCGAAUCAAUCUAUGAAUUUAUUCAG